UCCAAGAAUGCAGGUCGGCCGCUAUUAUUCCGUCAACCUCAAUCUUUGCUGUCGCCUUUGGACAACUUCAUGAGUCAUGUUUCAUAUCUUUUGAUACUCGUAGUACUACUCUCCUACAGACCACCGAUAACGACACCUGACAACCGGCAAUUGAGCACAUGGAACGUGCCUAGAUUGAGAAUGCAACUGAGACAGCGCAUCGGACCCGAUUCAGGAGUAAAGGACAACCUGUGGUCUGCGCUUGCAUCGCUUGCGAACAGAGUGGACCGAGUCGACGAAAACAGUUUACUGCUGCAGUGAUGCUCCGCUUUGGAAUUGGCGGUCUACGGAGACCCUAAGUGCCUGCCUAGGGGCUUGGGCGCCUAGGCUCGGCCUCCUGGGGGCAUACCUGCCGUCUCGCACAUUGAACAAUUGGAUAUUUCAAUAAAAGUAAGCAAAGCUCAAAGGGUUGAUUUAAUGCUGAUAUAUAGACG